AAUGUGUUUAUGAUACUUUAAUUUCAAUACAUAACAAUUGAAGAGGACUUGAGAAUCUAUUGACUUGCUGGCAGUGAUAUCAAUUGAAAGUGAGUUCAAUAUUGAAAACCACUUCACCUUGUCGUUAUAAAGGCAAUAUUUGGAAUUCGAUUACAUUGAUAGAAUUGCUUGUUGACUCUUAAUUUGCUGACAAAAACAGUAUUUGCUUUAUUUUGAUAUGAUAUGAUCAAAAUUUGUUUAUUUUGCAAUUAAAUUGAGAGGAUAGCGGCAACGUGUUUUGCGUUCAGCAGCACAGCGAUUAGUACCAUGACGUACCUGGCCAUCAAAGCGAAUCCUACGUGGGGCCAUCAGAAAACGAACAACAGCCUUGUUUCACGCCUUCAAAAUCUGGCGCUAAUCGAUGCAAAAACAGCAUACCGAUUAAAAACGACCACAGCGCAAUGUCCGAGAAUAUAUGGUCUACCCAAAGUACAUAAACCAAACAUGCCACUCCGGCCGGUAGUCUCCAACAUAGGAGCACCGUCAUAUAUGUUGUCGAAAUAUGUCGGGCAAAUAAUACAGGCAUCCAUCAAGAGCGACUUUAACAUAAAAGAUUCGUUUUCAUUUUGUAGCUAUAUUAACUCAAUUCGAUUACCAGAAGACUAUGUCCUUGUAUCGUUUGACGUUACAUCGCUUUUCACUAGCAUUCCAACGUACAUGAUUCCUGGCAUUAUCAUUAACAGAUGGCAGGAUAUAAAGCAAAACACGGAUAUCAACCUAGAUUUAUUCUUAGAGAUAAUAGAUUUUUGUCUGAAUGGAAGCUACUUUUCAUACAAAGGAAAGUUUUUCCGGCAGAUCCACGGAACAGCCAUGGGAAAUCCGCUCUCACCAACAAUAGCGGACUUAGUGAUGGAAUCGCUUCUGGAAAACGUCGCUAGAAAAAUUGACUUCCCAGUACCAGUUUUAAAAAAGUACGUCGAUGACUUGAUUCUUGCUCUUCCCCCGGACCGAGUCACAGUCGUUUUGAACAUUUUUAACAGUUUCAACAACAAUAUUCAAUUCACUAUCGAAUUGGAGAAAGAUAGAAAAAUACCAUUCCUUGACAUGGUACUAAUACGGCAAACUGACCAAACCAUCCGUACUGAGUGGUAUAGCAAACCGAUGGCAUCUGGUCGCCUCCUAGACUUUCAUUCAUGCCACCCACUUCAUCUAAAAAUGAAUACCAUCGCAAACUUUAUCCAAAGAGUCCGACAGUUCACCACAAACAGUCCGAAGGAAGCAGCUAACAUAACCAUAAAUGAACUGUUGAGGCGGAACCACUACCCAGCGGCGCUACGACAUCGGCUGUUGAAUGGCAACAUCCGAAACACCGAACGAAACACGAGAAAUUCGUCCGACGAUGGAGGCACGGUUGUGUACAAACCGAUGCUGUUUGUGAAUGACCUGACACAACGGCUGAGUAAGGCAUUAAAAGCGGCCUUCCCCAACAUAACACUAGCGUCAAGAUACGGGAACACCGCCAGCAGAAUUUUCACCAACAUGAAAGACACUAUUCCUCCAGAGAUGCGACAUAACGUGAUCUACAGGAUUCCCUGCAACGAUUGCGAAGCCAGCUAUGUCGGGUUAACCACAACCCAACUGAAAAAACGCAUAAGCAGCCACCGAUCAACGAUUAAUGAAAUGGAAAGACUCCGCGGCAAAAACGAUGACGAUCCCAGCACACAAUUCGAUCUCGAACGACUUAAAGAGAAGACGGCACUCCUUUACCACAGCAUCGAAGCAAAUCAUAACUUCAACCUAGAAAAAACAAAAAUUAUCGAUCAGCACACACGAAAAUUAGCUCUCCCGAUUUUAGAAGUCUGUCAUAUUGUUAACACCAAACAUGCAGUCAACAAACGGUCCGAUGUUGACAAUCUCAGCUCCAUGUAUGCAGGUGUACUACACACACUUAACAAACAGAUCCCAACACAGAACACGCACACACCAGCAAACGAAACCCAAUAGCAAACUGUAAGAGCUAAUAGCUAAUACCCAAUAUAUAUUGCACCCACUGUUAGUCCACACUUUUUCGCUCCAUUUUGAAUCGAAUUUGAGUUAGCGGUUGAAAGAGUAGUGAAGAAAGUUUGUGGCAGAGUUUAUUUGUUAAGUUUAAAUAAGAGCGGGUUUGAAUAUUGACACAAUAGUAGCUAGUGAAUAGGACAGGAAUGCUGAUGCCGAAGCUUGUAUGACAAAAACGAUUUAUGUUCUGUAAGAGUUUUGUGAUUUCAUUUGUUGUGUAAGUUUGUAAUUUUAUAUUGUCUUGUCUUCUAAAUUCAGGAUUCCCUGAUGAAGGUGCAAUAUACACCGAAACGUUGGUGAAAGAGCGAUAUUAAUUCGUUUUAUUGCUGAAAGACUGCGAAGCCGAAAAACACCCCCUGACAAGUACAUAAAUUGAUCAAUUCUAAUGCUAAAAAAAAUCACAGGAGGGUUGUGUGCAAAGCCACGACCGCAAGAUUGAAGUAGAAUACUUUUACAAGAGAGUUAACCCGGCUGCUUGCGUGUCAGUCAUUUUUCCUAGUAAAUAAAUGUUGACCGCAGUAUUGAAAAUUCUGUGCAAAUGAAGUUGAAGUACUACUCAAUUUCAGUUUGCACAUAUAAAUACGACCUCACUGAACAGGAAAAGUACAAACUCUUUGCGGCGCAAACAAGUUUCAACAGUCAGAGUAUAUGUACAUGUGAAUUCAAAUUAAGAUAAUUAACUUUUGGUUAAAGCUCAGAACGAGAAAAUAUUAAAUCUUCAUUUGUUUGGUUGUCCUAAAAAGGACAGUUUGUUGUUGAAAAAAACAAUAAAAAAUAAAAAAAAAUUGGAUAUGACGCUGAUUGCAUCUUUGUGUUACACCGAUAGCGGGAGUUAUGGUGAACUUGCGUAUGACGAAGGCAUCGUAUUACCUGUUUUAUUGAAUGGGAGAACAGGGAAUAUUGUAAAAUUUUGUAAACAUUUAAUUCAAACAAUAUUACCAAAUCGUGGUCAGGCAAACUGAUAACAAAGUUGAAGGCAGUUUUCACACUGAAAAUCAGACAGCCAGCAGAAGUUUUGAUUGCCAAAAUCCAGAAUGCUUGUAUACAACAGAAUUUGAUUGCAUCCCGCACAGAAUAUCUGCUUGUGUUGAUGCCAGAAAAUUAUUAACCUUCAAUUACUUGUUUAUUUACCUUGAAAAAGACAUUUUGCGGUUCAAAAUCGGUUGCUGAUCGCAACCUUUGAGCUGCCCUAACAUUGGGGGAAUUAAGAUACACGGACAACAUGCACUGUUGAAGCUAUUUCUCAUUCAGUAAAUUAGACGGGCGCGACAGAUUUAAAUUGUUAGGAUCCAACACAGAAUGCUCGCUUGCGUUGUCAAAAAUUAUUAACUUUCAAUGAAUUGUUUAUUUGCCUUGAAAAAGGCAUUUUGAUUUUCAAAAUUGGAUUUCCUGAUGGCAAUCUUCAUGCUGCCCCAACACGGGGGGAAUAAUGGCAGUCUGGCGACACACGCUGAGAAGAACCGCGCUGCUCCUGAGACGUGAUGACCAACCACAGGGCUACUGCAGCUGCUAAGGAAGGACGACUGCUGUUGUCGCUGUAUAGAACUAUUAUGAGCGGCUUCGGCUAAAACAUUCUCUUAUAUAGGCCAAAUAGCAUGUUUUCAAUUGCAAGGUAUAUGAUUCUGUCGACCGUGCUUGGGAAGCAAUCAUAUAACGACCAAUCAGAGGCCGAAUUUUUCGUUUUGACAAUGCUUGACUAUUUUCAAUAGUACAAUAGUGUGAAUAAUAAAAUUACAAUUAUCUCGUUCUGGGAAGAAUCUUAGAAGAUUUUCCGAUCUAUUGCUGCAAAAACGAAGGAAAUCCAUCGAAUACUAACCGAUUUACUAGCAUUUGAAAUUGGACAUAUUUUUCACUUUUUUCGGUUUUAGAUUUUCAUUUCACAUCCCUAUGUAGCCGAACUUCCUGAGAGAAGUAUUCUACUUCAAUAGCAAAGCAGAAACGUCGACAGAACGAAGAAAUAACUUGAAAAGCUACAAUAUCUAAACAAUACCAGAAGUCUUGAAAAAUGUUCAUUUUUCUCCUUGCAAAAUUCUACAAAUAGUUCCAAAGAAAUCUUAGAAAUAUCGCAAAUUUGAAAACUAGGCAAUCGUACAAAAUCAAAUAAAUUCAAGUUCCCAAAAACACUGGCAACCAAAAAGAGAAUAUUCAGAUCCUAUUCCAAGUCCCCAAGUCCAAGUCCAAGUAAAAGUCCAAAUCCGAGUCCAAGUCCAAGUAAAAGUCCAAAUCCAAGUCCAAGUCCAAGUCCAAGUCCAAGUUAUUUAUUUAUUUAUUUAUUUAUUUAUUUAUUUCGUCAAACAAAAGUAGACUACAUAUGUUUAAAACUAACUUACAUGCUAUAUGCUAUUUAUACUAGUGGGAGCAAAAAAAAAAAGAGUUUAUACAUAAUUGAAUAAUAAUUUCUUCACUUUGUCGGAUUAUUACAAUGAAUGUUUUCUAUCGAUUUAAAUUGCGCGUUGAAUUGAAAUAUUGUUUUAAUUUAGUUCUCGACAUAGAAAAGUCAAUUGCUUCACAGUGUUGGUUAUACACUAACAUCAUUUGAUUAAUUGGCCCGUAUUUAGCAUAAUUGUUUCGUUGAUGAUUUAAAUAAAACAAAGUCCGAGUUCGUAAAUUUCUAGAAGGUACAUAAAGAUUGAGUUUUGAUAAUAUUUCGGGUGAAUCGACACGUUGAGAUACGAUAUCGUUAACAAAUGACAUCAUUGCGAAUUCACGACGGGCUUUUAAUGAUUGGAUGUCAAUAAGUCUGCAGCGUUCGUCAUAUGAUGGUAGGGGAAAUGACGUCCAUCGUAGAUUACGAAGUUCAUAUAACAGGAAUUGUUUUUGCACUGAUUCUAUUCUGUUUACAUGUGUUGCAGAAAACGGAGACCAUACAAUGCUACAGUAUUCUAAAAGUGACCUGACAUAGGAAUUAUAAAGUGUUUUUAUUGUGUAUGGAUCUUGGAAAUUAUAGCAGAAACGUUUUAUAAAACUGACAUGUUACUAGCCUUAUUAAUAAUUGUAUUGUAGUGAUCAGUGAAUGUUAAUUUUGAGUCGAGUAUGACUCCUAGGUCCCUAACUCGUUCACUUUUCUCUACUACCUGAUCUCUAAGGAAAUCAUAUUGCUUGGCAUGUUUCUUUUUCUGCCAAAAGCCAUCGAACUACAUUUUUUAACGUUUAGCUGAAGAAGGCUUUUUUUACACCAAAUGUAAAAAUAUUUUAUCUCGUUACGAAAAAUAUUUACAUCAUCAGCGUUUUUAAUUACAAUGGAAAGUUUAAUAUCGUCAGCAUAAAUAAGAAUUUUUACAUGUUUUAGAAUAAAGGAAACGUCGUUUACAAAUAAUAAAAAUAGUAGAGGGCCCAAGUGAGAGCCUUGAGGAACUCCUGAGGUUACCUGAAUAGGUUUCGAUAUUCUACCUUUAAAUUUGACUGUUUGUUGACGAUCUGUCAAAUACUAUUCAAUCCAUUUGAGUAAUUGUGGAUGAAUUCCAAUUUUUCGUAACUUGAAGAGAAGCAGGGGUAUAUCAAUGCGAUCGAAAGCUUUACUGAAGUCAGUAUAUAAGGUUUCAACAUAAUUACCUUUAUCCAUUGCGUUCAAAGAGAAGUUAAUAAACUCGAGUAAGUUAGUUGUUGUUGAGCGCCCUUCGAAAAAACCGUGUUGCGUUGGGGUAAUUCUAUUUUUUAUUUGGUGGAAUAACUUUUUGUUUAUUAUUGCUUCAAAAAGCUUAGGUAUUAUUAUCCAUUGCGUUCAAAGAGAAGUUAAUAAACUCGAGUAAGUUAGUUGUUGUUGAGCGCCCUUCGAAAAAACCGUGUUGCGUUGGGGUAAGUUAGUUGUUGUUGAGCGCCCUUCGAAAAAACCGUGUUGCGUUGGGGUAAUUCUAUUUUUUAUUUGGUGGAAUAACUUUUUGUUUAUUAUUGCUUCAAAAAGCUUAGGUAUUAUUAUCCAUUGCGUUCAAAGAGAAGUUAAUAAACUCGAGUAAGUUAGUUGUUGUUGAGCGCCCUUCGAAAAAACCGUGUUGCGUUGGGGUAAUUCUAUUUUUUAUUUGGUGGAAUAACUUUUUGUUUAUUAUUGCUUCAAAAAGCUUAGGUAUACAGGAAAGAAUGGCUAUGCCUCGAUAGUUGCUAAUGUCGGUUUUUUUACCAGAUUUGAACACAGGCACUAGAUAUGAGUUUUUCCCGAAUUUCGGGAAGCAACCGGAUUCCAGCGACAUAUUGAAAAUCAAGAACAGUGGGGAAGUUAGCUCUUUAGCUAAAUGUUUCAUGAAUGCUGGCGGAAUUCCGUCUGGUCCCGGACCUUUAGACGCAUCCAGAGCUUUUAAAGUAUCUUCAUCUUCUGCGCUGACAUGUUCAAUAUUGAAAUAGUUGGGAAACUCAGGAAAGUUGGUGAAGAAUGUAUAGUCACGAUCAGAUUCGGAGAAAGUUGUAUAAUUUUGUUGAAAAAAAUCAGCAAAUAGAUCAGAGAUGUAUGCCGGGUUCUCUUCAACUUUGUCAUGCAGUUGCAUUUUUGAUGGAAAAUUUUCAGAUUUUAACUUUGAUUUAACAUAUUUGAAAAAAAAUUUUGGACAGGAUUUGAUUUCAAGCUCAGUCUUUAAUGUGAACUCUUCAAACGCGUUACUAAUGGCAUCGUUUAAUUCGCCGCAAAUGUUAAGAUAAGUUGUUAAAGCAUCACGAUUUUUAUGAGUUUUGUAUUUUUUAUGUGCUUUUUGUUUUUUAAGUUUUUAAUUUGUCUAUUGUACCAGACUGGGUAUUUGGAAUUGCCAUGACGUCUUAUUCUUUUCAAUGGUAUUUCGCUAAUAAAUAAAUCAGAUAAUAUGUUAUAAAAAUUUUCUAUAGCCGAAUCGACGUUUCCGUCUUCAAACAAUACAUCUUGCCAGUUGAUACUAUUUAGUUUAUGUUUUAAUUCAUCAUAGUUUGCUGACUGAAAGUCAAAAACUUCUUCGAAUUCAUAUUCGUCAGGUCUUUUAUUCACAUGCACAAAUAAAGAAAACUCUAUUGCUGUAUGAUAAACUUCGUUCUUCCAUAAUGGUUGUAAUGAAUUCGCACACAAAAGUCUUCACUAAUGUUGGACAUUAACAGAUCUAGAUAACAAUUUUGUCCAUUUUUCACAUGAUUUAUUUGAUUAAGACCAAGACUAGAGGUUUUAUCAAAAAGAAGUUGCAGCGUUUCAUUUUCGCCAAUAAUAGGAAGUAAAAUGUUAUGGUUAUCGAUGUCCGGAAUAAAAUCAAUGUUGCGUUGGUUGAAAUCACCGUAUAUGUGGAGUUUUACUUCAGGUAACAGCUUAGAUGCAAUAUUUUCAAGUCCAAGUCCAAGUCCAAGUUCAUGCCCGAGUCCAUAUCCAAAAGCAAUUUCAAAAUAAGAACUAAGUUUCAGUAAUAAUAUUGUGCAUUGAAGUGAUAAGGUAUUGAACUAAUAAAUCUCCGCAAAUUGACAGAUCAUUUCACUGAUGACAAAGAAACAUCUAAUUUUAGAUGAGUACAAUAUCAAUAUUGCACAACUCCAUCUCUUCUUUAAUUAUCAGUCACACAAUCAACCCCCAGCCAAAACAAACAUUCAUUGUCUUCCGAAUCUGUGCUAGCAAAUGGCAUCUCAAAGCUAAAAUUAUGCCUUAGUUUAUCUUGACACUUCAUAUGCACACUCACACUGAUUUUUGAUUAAACAUC